UACAGUAAAACUACACAGUGAAGAGCAGAAGAAGCUUCUCUAGCUCGACUUUGACGUUCAGCAGCAGCGGCCGGCUUGACCUUCCUCCUGCUGCGUUCCAAACUGAAAGAUGGCUGGACGUGCAUUUGCAAGUUGGUGGUCCAAGUUGGGCCCUUACUACACCAAGACAUACCAAGAGGUCUGGGUGGGUCUUGGCAUCAUGACAUUUCUGUACUACAAGGUUUCUUACGGAGGCAAGAAGGCUGUGAAGGACAAGCCAGCCCAUUAAGGUUUCCUUCAUGUUGACCACCCCCUCCACCUGCUGUUAAAUAAUGUCCCAGAGCUUGUCUACGAGUCCAGCUUCAUAUUUGAAUUUUUGUUAAUAUGGAACAAUUAAAGUUGUUAACCAAAA